UUCGCUUGUCUUGUGUAGAACGCGCAGCAAUUAAUUCCGCAACCAUUAAUCGCAGAAUUGCUGUUAAUUUAUAGAAAAUGGCCAGCCAAACGCAAGGUAUCCAGCAAUUGCUUGCUGCUGAGAAGAAGGCCGCCGAAAAGGUAGCUGAAGCCAGAAAACGCAAGGCAAGGAGAUUGAAGCAAGCCAAGGAUGAGGCCACUGAGGAGAUUGAGAAAUUCCGUCAGGAGCGCGAGCGAGCCUUCAAAGAAUUCGAAGCCAAGCAUAUGGGCUCCCGGGAAGGUGUUGCUGCAAAAAUCGAUGCCGAUACGCGUGUCAAACUGGACGAUAUGCAGCGUGCCAUACAGACGCGCAAGGAGCCCGUCAUUCAGGAGAUCCUGCAGUAUGUCUACAAUAUCUCGCCUGAGGUGCACAAGAACUACAACCGAAAGUAAUAAGCCCGCUUCUAUUGUAAAUUUGAUGUCCAAGUUCAGCUCUACAAAUCGUAUAAUAAUAGUGAAUGCUACAAUAUGUUAAACACUGCUGUAUUAUUAUUCCAUUAUAUUAAUUAAAAAAUUUGUUGUCGUUCCCAAAUUCA